AUGUCGGAGCCCCAGAUUCCAGACCCUGCUGCCCAGACCGCCGACCCGGCCGCGGUUGAGCUGCCGGCCGACCCUCUGUUGGGAUCCGAUUCGGUCGUCGAGCCUGACUGUGUCGAACCCGAGACGGCGGCGCCGGAGCAGAAGCAGGAGGAGCAGGUGCCGGAAGAGGAGGAGGAGGAGCAGGUCCCGAAUGUGGAGUUCGACCCGGCUGUGGCGAUUGCGGCGCAGCCAAUUUCGAUGCUGCGGCCAGGAGAGGAGCCGGUAUCUGUGGAGAAGACGCCGCGGAGGAGGAGCAUGGAGGAGAUGUCAGUGAGGCCGAGCUGGUUGCCGGAGGACUGGGAAAUGAGCUUGAGGGUUCGCGCGUCUGGAAACAGUGCUGGCUUCAUUGAUCGAUACUACAUUGAACCAACUGGACAUCGCAAGUUUCGUUCGAAGAAUGAGGUGCUUCAUUUCUUAGAAACGGGCAGUAAAAGGAAAAGGCGUUCAACUUCUGGAGCAGCUUCUGCGCCUUCUGAGAAUUCUGGCAAACAAAACAAGUCUAGCAAGAAAGGCAAGAAGUCUGCAGCUGUGAAACCUGAUGCUGCUGCUCCUCCGCAGAAUGAUUCCAACGGCAUUAAUGCGGAUGGUAGUGGGUAA